UCGGGAGGAUGUGCAACUGGAACUGUUUGUAUGGCUCUGCAGAAUGGAAAUUCUGGGAAUCAUAAGUAUCGAUGCGGAGAACCACAAGCUGAAGGUUGUUUGUGUGAUAAUACACUUACUUCCGUCGAGGCGUGUGAGUGUGGGUUGAGCUGCCAACUCGACAGUAAUGCCAAAGGGAAUGGAAAUAAGCUAUACAUAUGCCAACCUGACAUUUAUACACCAAAAGACGAGUGUGAUGCAGCAAGCAACAUGUGGGAAAUGGUGUACAGUCAUGAUAAUCUUAUGAACACCAUUGAUGGUUCAUUGGAGGCUCUCACUGAAGGACUUAGAAAUGGGGCAGAAGUUAAAGUUUGGAGUCCAUUUUAUGGCCUUACAAAUAUUCAGAAGAGCUCUAUACAUUCGAUCAUUAAUGACGAACCCGAACAAGAGAUAAUUACAGUUAGUGGUCAAUGUCUUUUCUGGACACAAAAUAAUAGGAACUUGGCGAACAUUUACUUAAUUUUUGCUGCAAAGUUUGCAAACGUCCAUGCCUCGCAAUUCUUUAUCAAUGAUCCUGUAAACAGAGUGCGAAUAAACAGAAAUACUAAUUCCGAGAUGAAGUGGUUUAUCAGACAUAGUUCAAGAAAUGUUGUUGGUGAAGCCAAUAUCAUUCGCGCUAUUGCGGACGGUUCUCACGUAAGAGUCUCGGUAAACGACACAUUUAGACACCUUGAAGUUGCUGACAUAUCGGGACAAGUAUUAAAAGGUGUGUCAAUGUUUGAACUAAGAGAUGUUCAGUCUCAUACCCAGUUUAAUACAACGGAACAAUGGCUACUUACUAACUGGACAACUACCGGAGUUCUGAGAGCAAGUUGGCUGGUCAAUGACCACAUACUCGCAGAAACACAAGAGCUUCCAUACGAGCCAGACUGGCUGGUGGACCCUUGCUGGAUGACUGUUUACAGACAUGCUGAUGACGGUACCCCUCUGUUUGGUAACAUCCAAGAUCUAAAUGAUGCUGUCAAUGCGGGUAAAAGAAUCAAAUGCAGAAUAGGUGAUAAGAUUUACGAGGCCAACGUCGUACGCCAGCCACUCGGCUCCAGUAAAGUUAUUGCCCAGAUCUACGAUUCUAUCAAUUUUGAUGUUGCUCUUGGAAGGUUUGAAUGGUUGAACGUUGAUACAGAUGGGAAUGUACAAACGAUCGAAUACGACAUGGGUAGUACCGGAAUUCAAAGUGACACCAACACUAACGCAGGAAUAACAUGGUUUGCCGAAUACAGGAAUUACAUAGAUAUAACGACUGAAAGCACAACUGAUAAGUCUGCAAGGAUAAAUGCUGGAGCGGACAUCCGGUACAGUGUCAUCGUCAACAAUGAACGCACCUGGUACCAAGCGGACUACGCGCAGGAGAAGAUAAUACUUGGAACCAGAGCACUAUUUAUGUAUAAUCUGUACAACGAACGCGAAUUCGUAGUCGAUGGAUCGAACUACAUUCGUCGAUACAGCUUUGUCAAGUACGAUACAGGACGAUACAACUUCUAUGAUUAUCUGCUUGGCGACUUGAAUCAAUAUGGAGACGGUGCUGUGGAGCCAGCCGACGCAGAUGUUCAAAUGUUCGCGAGAGCAUAAAAUAAAGAAAAUAUUAUAACUAUGUAAAUAAUGGUAUACUUAUUUCAUUUGGUAAAUGACAAAAUAUCUAUAUAGAAAUUAUUUUUUGGUUGAUGAAAAACUUAUAACUGGUCAGAGUGAUAUUGUAAUUCCCAAUUAUUGGAAGUUCCUCUUUUUCCAUAUACUGCUUAGUUUAUUCUAAACAACCCGAAUAGUGCUUAAACUAGUUUGAAUAAAGCAUUUUAUUUAAAAAUAUAAAAUAAAGGUUAUGAUAUCUGAAA